ACUGAGUAUGAUAAGAGGCAGCAAACUGUAGUUUUAAUACCAUAGAUUAAUCCAUUUUGUAUCAAGAUUGCGUUAGUUACUGUUCAUUUGUGUGCAUGUUUCUUUACAAUAUCAAGGAACCAGAAUCAAACGAUUUGUGAAUUAUUCAUAGAAUAAAAUAGAAUGGAAUGCCUUUGAAGUUGGAUAACCAUAAACACACAGCUUUUAUGCUUUAUGUAGUAUUUAUAGGAUUGCCACUAACCUACCUCACAUUGUUUUCACCAAUUAUAUAGACUUAACUUUAGGGCUGCCAUGAGCUGCAGCUGUGAGUUCAAAGGUUGCAAUAAAGAAGCCAAGGUUUUAGCUGUCAUUUUUGACUUAGAUGGCACACUUUUGGAUACUGAAAGGGCAACAAGGGGCGUAUUGAAUAAAUUCUUUGCAAAGUAUGGGAAAGAAUUGGACAGGGAGAAGGAGGAGAAGAAGAGGUUGGGGAUGACACAGAAGGAGUCUGCAGCUGUAUACGUUAAGGACUAUGAACUCCCAUUGACACCUGAACAAUUUAUCAAAGAAAUCACGCCUUUCUACAGAGAAAGGUGGGCAGAAGCCAAACCAUUACCUGGUGCUAAUCGACUUGUCAAACAUCUCCUGAAAAAUGGAGUGCCAAUGGCUCUUGCUUCAAACUCCAUGCGAGAAUACAUAGAUGCAAAAAUUUCUCAUCAUAAAGGUUGGAAAGAAAGCUUUUCUGUAAUUCUAGGAAGUGACCAGGUUAAAUCUGGGAAGCCUUCUCCAUUUUUAUUUGAAGAAGCUGCCAAGAAAAUCGGUGUAUAUGCAGUUAACUGCCUGGUAAUUGAGGAUUCCAUGGUUGGUGUCAAGGCAGCCAUUGCUGCAAAAAUGAAGGUAGUGGCUGUCCCAUCUCGUAGGGAAGCUGAUUGUAAUGGGAUAGCAAAUGUUGUGCUUCAUUCACUUCUAGAGUUUCAACCUGAGCUAUGGGGUCUUCCACCUUUUGAUGACUGGGUAGAUAACGCAUUGCCUAUUGAGCCAAUUCAUCUAAGUGGUUUGUAUGUUGCCGGAUCUCUACAAGAAACCACAGAUAAUGCAACACUUGCACUUCCUGAUCAAGUUGUUGGGAUUUUCUUCGGUUGGGCCAAGGUUGUUGAUACGGAUAGGAACUUUAAGAUAUUGGUUAGCAUUAAACUGGAUCAUUUCUCCCAUGUUGCCAACAAAAAAAUACAUGUUUACCUUAUUAAUGCAAACAGUGACCAUAAAUCUGAGCAGCAGAUGCAAAUCCAUCUUGUUGGCUACGUAAGAGCGUGGGAUAACAAGGAACUCACGUCCACGGAAUUGGAGAAACUCGAAGAAUACAAGUCUAUUGCGAGAGCUUCACUGGAUUUGCCAUCAUUCACUUGUUUUUCAUAGAAAAUCUUCACAUGAAUGACCUUUUAGUUGGAGAAGAUUGGAGUUGCAGAUUUCAUAAUAAUGAAAUUCUUUGUAUGAAGUAAGAUAUGCAUGAAAUCAUUUAUUGGGAAAUGCUUGUAAUGAUUAAUAAAUUAUAUAUUACCAAAAAAUUACAAAUGAUA